GUGCACCGCGAGCCUCCUCGGUAUCCGGCUGUUUCAGUGUCACACGUGGGGGGAAGAUGAGGCCGCUGACCGACGAGGAGACCAAGACCAUGUUCGAGAAGCUCUCCAAAUACAUUGGAGAAAACAUAAAGCUUCUUGUGGACCGGCCCGACGGAACCUACUGCUUCCGGCUGCACAAUGACCGCGUGUACUACGUCAGCGAGAAAAUGUUGAAAUUGGCUACAAACAUCGCCCGCGACCAACUGGUGUCUCUCGGAACCUGUUUCGGAAAGUUUACGAAGACUCAGAAGUUUCGUCUCCACGUUACGGCUCUGGAUUACCUGGCGCCAUAUGCAAAGUACAAGGUGUGGGUGAAGCCGGGGGCUGAGCAGUCCUUCUUGUAUGGCAACCAUGUUCUUAAAUCCGGACUGGGAAGAAUAACGGAGAACACAGCGCAGUACCAGGGCGUGAUCGUCUACUCCAUGGCCGACAUCCCCUUGGGCUUUGGUGUAGCUGCAAAAUCAACACAAGAAUGUAGGAAACUGGACCCGAUGCAGAUUGUAGUCUUCCACCAAGCAGACGUUGGAGAAUACAUCAGACAUGAGGACACCCUGACCUAAAUCCGAGACCUGGGCGAAGACUUUUCCAGCUCCUUUCAUCUACUGCCAUAGUGACGAGACCCUCAGUACAAGAUCUGCAUUCCUGUGUUGAAGCCCCCCUGAUGUCGCCAGACCGGCAGUCUUAUUUUAUAGACCUCAUCACUACUUUACCAUCGGACUGAUUGGUAUAAAGGGAAUGUUUCCUUUACUGCCUCCUGGAACAAGAUGAAACAGAGGAUUUUCCACUGU